UUUUACAGGAAAUCAGACAUGAUACACUGACAGCAUUUGGAAAUAAACUUUGGCAAUAAGAUGGAAGCAUAACUCUCAAGACUUUAAACCAAAACAGAAAUGGCUCAUGAGUAUUGAAACACGAGACUGAAGAGUCUCCAACACUUCCGUGUGAGCAGUGGAAAAGGAACAACUACCAUGGUAACACUAAUAACAGAAAAGCUGCAGAACCAGAGCUUGGAUGAUCUGACAUGUAAAACAUACAAUAUUAAUCUGUACUCAUCUGAGAAGCUGAACAAAAGUGGCAGCUUGUUCCCUUUCGAAAUCAACGAAGAGAGUCCUUGGAAAGCUUUAAAUGGGGGUUGCCCAAUCCAGACUGACACAACAAGGAAUUCAGCUUACCCUUUUCCAGUGUGCCCAUUCAGCACCGGCACUGCCAGUAAUGGUAGUCUGCAGUGGCAGGAGGAAUCUUCCCGUACGUCUAUGGUGUCAGGAUGGAUAAGUGAAUUAAACCUUAACGAAAACUCGGGUCAACCCUUGGCACCACCAACGAAACGCCAUUGUAGGUCCCUCUCUGAGCCAGAUGAGCUGGCUCGUUGUCGGUCACCAUGGAAGCCUGGCAAUUCAAAGGUUUGGACUCCUGUGUCAAAGAGACGGUGUAAUAGUGGUGGUAGCGCUACCUUGCAACGCUGCAACAGUCAUGGAAGUGCAACCUUACAGAGAAGCACAAGUAUCAGUCUCUUCAACACAUCACCAGUACCCAGACCUUCCUCUGCCAGCAGUGGGUUUGUGGACAGUAGCGAGGGCAGCACAAGCUCGAGUACCCGCUGGAAUUCUGGAGGCCCUUGUGACUUUAACCCAAGGCGCCGCCUCUCCCUCUCCCAGGAGCACAUCACCGAGACAGGAAAUCUCUUGCCUUCAGCCAACAGCACUCCCACCUCCACACCCGAGCUCAGCCGGCGUCAGGGCUUGUUGAGAUGCCGCUCUCAGCCUUGCGUUCUGAAUGAAAAGAAAAGCCGGCUAAAGCGCAGACGGGAGGAGGACGUACGAUGGAACAGACCAUCGUUAGACUUUUUUAAAAUGACACGGAGUAGUGGGGAGGAGGCAGUUUGCAGAAGUAGUAAUAAAAACGUAAGGAAAGGAAAUAGUUCUGCACUGGUGUCCCUGCAUUUGAUGCACUGUGCAAAAGAAAAGCUGAACAGAAUG